CACCGCGUCACUUUGAGGGCGGAUAUCGGCCGGUCCUCAUCCUCUCUUCGUCCUCCUCUUCCUCCUUUCCUGCACUCUCUCACUCGGUCUCCAUCAGUCUUCAUGGUUCUGAUCUCACCCCACGCCAUGCAAGCCACCCGGGCGCCCACCACCGUCAGUGUAUUUGCGGACUGCAGCAUCCCGACCGGGCUCCGGAUAGGACCGGUACCGGGCAUCUUCAAACUCGGGAAGUACGUUUCAGAUCGCAAGGAACUUGGUCCUAAGAAGAAGGUUCGCUUGGUUCGCGGGGAGUUCGUGGAUGAAUCGGGCUGUCCCGUGCCAGACUGGAUCGGACUGAUCCGUGCAGCCAGGAACAGCCCAGAGCAGAACCUGGAGGCGGUUUCAGACUUACCUGGCGGACAGAUCUUUUACCGUGUGCUGAGAGAAAUCCCUUCAGGAGAGGAGCUCAGUGUUUGGUACUCCAACGCUCUGGCCCAGUGGUACGACAUCCCGACCACUGCUACUCCAACGCACGACGAAAAAGGUGAGGAGCGUUACAUCUGCUGGUACUGUUGGCGAAUAUUCAAGUACCCCAACACACUCAAGGCCCACGUCCACUUCCACUGCACCCUGAGCAACGGGCGGGGCUUUUUGAGCAGCGAGCAGGCCAGAGGCACGGAGACCUUCACCAGGUCACCAAAGUCUGGAGAUAUCCCGAACACUUCCACCUCCCCGAGGAGCGGCCACAGUAACUCCUCCAUCUCAGACUCUGGCAGGCGGGCUGUGUCCUCAUCGCCGUUUCUGCAAAAAGUUGGACUGUCGAAGAAAAGCAGCACAGAGGAGCAGGACAGAGCCCUCGACAUGAGCGUUACCUCAGCCAGAAACCAAGGACACAUCCUUGGCCUUGGGGCUACAUCCUCAAUGUUGAGCAGCAUGGGCUUCCAUCCGGGUGUGCGCUCUGCCUUCAAACCCACCGGAGUCUCCAAAGUCCCGGGCGCGGACGCAUCCAGAGAGGAAGCAAACGCGAAGCUGAGCAGCCUGGGGUUCGGCAAGCUAAUUGGAAACAUGAAACCAAUCCGCAAUGUUGGCGAGACUCUAAACGGAGGAGGCAGCCACCCUCCCAAGUGCACACCUGCAAUCAUGGACUCCUCAUCUCAAAUGGUGCCAUGUACAAACGCCAUCCGGGGUUUCCCGCUGCUGCCUCACGUAGAGGAGACGUCAGCUUUUAAGCACGUAGAGAGCCGUAUGCAUCCCGGCCUGUCCCCUUCCCGCUACCCCCAGAUGCCCCCUGGACUGCAUUUUGAGAGGUUCUCUCUCCCUCACUUUGAUGGGGUCAAGACAUACGGUGGAGACUGCAACAUCCCCCUAAUGCCCCUCACUGUGUAUAACGGAGAGCUUCUGUACAGCUCGCCAUACUAUCCUCUCAAAUUCCACUUCAGCAACCUCCUCAAGUACCCGGAGUCCAUGUCCUACUUCGGUGCGCCCUCAUUGAACCACGACCUGGGCUCAAUCGCAAACAUCGACCGGGAGAUCGCCAUGCACACGCAACAGCUGUCUGAAAUUGCGGCGGAUAAGAACCGGACGAGGCUGGACUCAAUGCCCACAGGAACCGCGAGCAACGCCGGGUCAGGCAAGCCGAAAAAGGGACACCUGUGUCUGUACUGCGGCAAGCUGUACUCCAGGAAAUACGGCCUGAAAAUCCACAUGAGGACUCACACAGGUUACAAGCCGCUUAAGUGCAAAGUGUGCUUCAGGCCCUUCGGAGACCCAAGCAACCUGAACAAGCACAUCCGGCUGCACGCAGAGGGAAACACGCCAUACAGGUGCGAAUUUUGCGGCAAGGUGCUGGUGCGCAGACGCGACUUGGAGAGGCACGUGAAGUCCAGACACCCCGGGCAGACCGUGAAGAAACUGGAGGACAAACCGGGAGGCCUGUUCGAGGACGCAGAGCAAAAGAGCGACAAUGACAGCGACGUGGACGUGUGCUUCACCGACGACCAGAGCGACCAGGAAGAGUCGAGCAAAAACACUGACUGAGAUGCGUUCAGGGCCAGAGACACUGAUCAGUGACUUUAAAUUAUGUACACAAUGUCAUUUAGUCUUGUGCUGAAUCUAGAUUUGUUUUUUACCCAAAGGCCUAAAUCUUCUAAUCUUUGACUUUCUGUUUGGUGUUUCAUCAUGACAUAUUCGAGAGAGAAAACACAUAUUUAUUUUGUUAGUCACAGAUUUGGGGCAGGUAACAUUUUCUUUGUCUAUCUCUUGGACAAUGCAACAUGUUUUCUUUGUGCCAAAUAACCUGUGGCCUUGGGUUCUGGCACGCUUUCUUAACCAUGCGUAAAACACAGUCUGCCAGUGGGGCUGCAGACAUUUUUGUUUGUUUCAAAUGACUAUAAUAUAUUUUGCUUUAAUUUUUCUCCAUGCAGUUGGUUAAAUGUAUUUUGCUGCGUUGAAAAAAUGCUAACAAUUCUAAAGAAACACUACACUAAACAAGAACAAAGAUCCGACAUUAGACAGUGUCAGUUGCUUUAAGAAAAUAGACAAAUCAAGGCUGAAUAUGAGACUAAAUGACUUAACUUAGAUAUCAUUUUUAUUUGUGUAAAAAAAAGAAUAUUUUUGUUGUUUGUCGCCCCUUGAGAAAGGACAUCUGGGUUAAUUUAUCGAAAGACCUAAUCCAAAAAUAAAAACACAUUCCAUCACCCCGGAUAUUCACGAAUGAGCUGCACAAAUAUGAUUAUUUUUAUACAAUUAAAAAAUCAUUCCCACAUCCCCUUCUAAACUGUCAGUUGCACUUUAAAAACAGCAAUGGGCAUUUCAGUUCAACAAAACCGAUGCAUAUUGAUUCAUAUAAUCCAGUUUAUGAUCAUGGCUUUAUUAACGGAUCCCUGCAGCCUCAUUAAUAACACACUGUACUUAAAUUUGCACUUUCUUGCCGAGGCACGCUGCUCUGAGAGAAGCAGCAGCAGCCCAGUUUUAUUUAAGGAAUUAUUUCUAGAGAAAGGAAAUUGUAUGGAUUGCAGUUAUAGCCUAGUGUAAAGUGUAAAGUAUGAUAUUUCACAUUUCAGUGGAGAAGUGUUGUAUACGUUUGUUUACAAGUGAUAUUGUCUAUGAGCACAACAUUUUUCUCCUGUCCAUUAAGUUGUUGGUUUUUGAAUACAUUUAAUUUAAAAAUAUUAAAAAACGUGUUUGAGGUUU